AUGCGACUGUCUAAAAGUAAAAUGAACAGGGAGAGACGCAGUAGAAAUCUCCGAGAAACCAUUUGCUAUAUUACGGAACGAGAUCAAAAUAUCAGUGUAUUCAAACCUGACCCUAUCUCUUGGAUACCUCACCAUCACGUUCAUUCCUACAGGAAUGACAUGAGCUGGCACUUGCUGCGGAUCACUCGAAGACUCAAUAUGGAAUGCUGGAGAAUGGUUGUUGAUUUGCUGUUUGCACAACACUCGCAGUUCUUGUUCUCGCUUGUCUAUCAACUCUCGUCUUCUUAUUGCGAAAAAGCCUUACCGCUUCUUACAGCCAAUCGAAUCAUGUACUGUCAUUUAAAGUCAGUAGCAAACAUGUAUGAAAUCAACAUCAUGCUUUAUAAGCCCAAUUAUAUACCACAAUAUCUUCGCGUACAUGUUCAUUAUCUUAACCUGAUUAUGAGCUCGAAAAGAACAAUGAAAACAAUGCUUGUCUAUUCACAACCUAUUGAAUGCCUUUACAGUCUUGACUUUCACUUUCAGCUCGAUUCACUACGAGAUUUAAGGUACCUAGAGCAAAUUCAAGGUUUUUUUGACCUCAGCCGAUGCUUGAUUGAUUAUGCAGACUUCGAUAAACCUCUUGACAUUCAAGCAAGUAUUGACAUGUUGAAUGUUGAACAGCAAGAUAGUAUUAUACAGUUUAGACAUAAAUUUAAUAGCAACAACUAUUCUACAUGGCUAAAAUAUAAAGUAUUUGUUGCCUUAUGGUGUGAAUUGGAUGAUCCUAGUGAAAUACCACAGGCAUGGUGGCCAAGGCAUGAUGAAGAACCCAUUUCAAUAGAUCAGUUUAUUUUAUUGCUGAUCAAAGUGUCUACAACCCAUUUAGGUAUUGUUAUUAUUAUUUAUAAUCAAGAGUAUUAUUGCAUUUGCAAAGAAGAAUUGAAUGACUGUAUGGAUUUACUGGUCUGUCAAAUCAAUGAUGAUGGUCAUCUCUUUAUACCCGAACUUCGAAAAGAACUCUUUGAUGUUGUCUACAAACGAAAGCCUCUUGAACAUCUUAUUCAUGUAAAGAAAUUGUUUUUACAUUAA